AUAAUCCGAAAAAAAAUGGCUAAGCUACUACUGUUAGUAGUAGUGCUUUACACUACUACUAACUACGUAUCCGCUAAGGGCUUCAGUAUCACCAAAAUGUCCGGAAUCAUGGCAAUCUCCCAAGAUCUGUACUCCGGAAUAAGUGACACUGUUAAAUCUUUCAAACAAUCUUCUACUGAGGCUCCUCCGGAAGCGAAUAACAAGCUGAAAGAAAUCGAAGAUGGGACUCAAGGACUCAGCGAGACGUCUAACAAUUUAAACACUUCGCUGUCGGACUUAAACGAAGCGACCGAUGUCAUAAACGAGAACCUUGGUGUCAUAAGUGAUAAAGUCAACAACAUCAACGACGUCGCGAACGUAAUGCUUCGCCGGUUGGACAAAGUUGUGCAGAAUCUUGCAAGAAUCACCGCGGAGUUCACAAAGAUUCCCAAAGCUGUUACCAAUAAGAUGGAGCAGAUGCUAAACCGUAUUCUAAAGCAACAAGCCACUCAGCAAACCAUGGACAAUCAGCUGCUGCAACUCUGGAGGCACACUACUAACAUAGACACUUGGUAUCAAAAAUUCCUGAUUGUCACCAAUCCAGACCGUCCACUGCAACAAGUUACUUACGACACAUUCUACGAAAUUGUUACCACCAAAAAUAAUGAAGGUAUGGAAAAAACUAUUGACUACAUUCAUGCGAUGUUCACUACCGGUACUGGCACUUCUUCCAUCCACGACAAUAUCCUCGAUUUUGUCAACAUUUAUCAGAAGCAACUAGGAUUUGAAAGUAAAUGCGAUUUGCAAAGGUCAUUCCAAGAACAACUGAGAGUUAUUUACAAUAUUGUUGUCGUCAGCGAGCUUCGAGUAUUUAUAAUGACCGUGUUUGCGUACCACCGCAAGCAAAUUGAGAUGAAAAAACCUAAAGCGCUCGGAGGAGAUUUUAUUACUGAAGACUACAAGAACGAUUUGAGAAUGGUGGUUGAAAAAUCACUAACUCGCAUGAGUGGAUACCUGCAAGCUAUGAAAAUAGCCACCAAAGAUUCAUCAGCGGAAAUUUUCCGCUGCGAUCCACCAAACCCUGUUAUAAACGAUGAUGUUUUCCGACUGGAUGGUCUCUUCGGGCUCUACUACUUCAAUGUGCAACAGAUCAGUAGCGAUUGUGAAGUGAAUGACCUCAAUAUUAUAGACUUUAGGGGAGAUUUCGAACGCUUGGAUUCGAUAAAUUCACCCGCAUUUGUCUCAAGUUACCGUCCUAGGUAUCAAUGUCAUGGUCGGAUACAUAAAUGCUUUCAAGGUGGAAAGAAAAUAUUCUGUGAGGCUAGACUAGGAACUGGAAAACGCUACGAAUGGAUGAGCAAUAGCCUUACAGCGUACGACUGCAACGGUCGUUACAUCGAUACCCUCGCCUACGCUCCAUGCACAAACGCAAUUUGCCAAUGUUCCGAAGAAGGUCCUAAAUCAACAGCAACCCGAGCAUUCAAUUUACGUCCACAAUACUCCGAUGUAAAAAAAAACAAAGUCGUGACGAACGUAAAACUGCGCAAGAAGGACAAGGUGGUCCACAUCCAGAUACAACAAGGUACACUCCAAGGCGAAGGACGCAUCGACGAAAACAGCCUGGAGUGGGUGCCACUUGGAAAGUUCAUAAGAAGUGUAAGCGAGGACGAAGAAGGCUUCUAUUGGACGGACAACGAGGAGACAUUACCGUUGGUUGAAGAUCAAGAUUACACAUACGUCGCCCAUGACCGAGCAGAACUCAACCUUGACGACAUCCUCGUCGAAACGGGCUACAUCGUCACGGGGGUCAAGUUUGAAAGACAGAAUCUUAAUCCUGAAAAAGGGCUAAAUAAGAGCCCCCUUAGGUUGAAGGUGCACGGAACUAAAUUUGACUACGUCGAGGGAAAGCUUUCUAUUCCAACGGACGCGCAAGAAUUGAACUUGGAUGAUGGACAGUACUUUAAGUGGUUCAAUGCCAGUUUGUUUGAUGUAGAGACAGAUCGCAACUACGGCAGGGCAAGGGAUAAUAUUUCCAUGGAAGGUAAAAGAGACUCGAUGCUGAGCGGAGGCAACCGAAUUGAUGCUAGACCAAAUUCAGUUGUCGAGUUCCAACCAACGAACUUCGAUACCGACUUUGGACAAACGACCAUUCCGUACUUCGACGCACGGCCUGCUAUCAUUGUGAAUGGAGUAGCACUUGGAGGAAUUGGUCUUACGCAUCGCGGAGCUCCAGGUUAUGGAGGAUACAUUGCGCCCAAAAUAUUCUCGAUCAAUCACGCGGAGUACAUUGAGAUCGAUAUUGAUGAUAUUUCCGCUGCAGCCGGUGAGAUUGUUGAAAAUCUCCGCAACGAAGAAAAAACUAGUGAAGAAGACAAUUAUGAUGAAGAAUUGAAUCCAGAAGACGAAAAUUAACAGAAUAUUGAGUUUUUCCGCGAAUGAUGUAAUAUUUUUCUCUUCAAAACAAAAUACUGCAAAUAAACUUGUUGAAAAUUA